CACGAAUCAAAUGUAACUGCAUAUAUCUGAUAGCUGUGUUGGUGAAUGAUACAAUCACAAGUGUGUCGCAAAUGGACUGUCAACCUCGAGGAAGAGGAGGGCGAGGAAACCGAAAUGAAGAGAGCAGAGAUGUGCGUCUGUCUAAAUCACUGUCUUAUGCAUUACGCCACGGUGCCAAUAAGAUGGGUCUGCAGAUGAACUCGGAUGGCUUUGUAUUUGUGGAGGAACUACUUGCUCAUAAGCAGUUCCACUCGUUUUCAUUGGAGGAUGUGGAGCGAGUGGUGGCCACCAACGACAAACAGCGAUUCAAGCUUUGCCACCACCCUGAGGAUGGUCACCUUCAGAUACGAGCCAAUCAGGGUCACUCAGUGCAGGUUACAGAUCUGGAGUUGAGAGCAGUAACACUUGAUGAUCCAGACUAUCCAAGAGAAGCUGUUCAUGGCUCAUAUAUGAAACACUGGCCCUCUAUACGCAGUCAGGGCAUCAGCAGAAUGAACAGAACUCACAUACACCUGGCACCCGGGCUUCCUGGAGAUGGCAGAGUCAUCAGUGGUAUGAGACAGAGUUGCGAUCUGGCUGUGUACAUUGAUGUUGCAAAAGCUAUUUCAGAUGGGAUUCAGUUUUUUAGGUCGGAGAAUGGCGUACUCCUGACCCCUGGAGAUGCUGCUGGCAUGUUACCGCCAUGCUAUUUCUCUCGAGCACAAAGACUAAAACCCUCACCUUGUGAAAUUGAACUACAUUAGCUGUUGAAGAGGAUCUCCUUCUGAACUUAAAACAAAAAUGGAGAUGUACAUUUGACUUUUCGAAUGCAUUAAAGUGGAAGAUCUGUUUCUAAGAAAUAAUAAAAAAUUUCAAUAGCACGAUUAGGCCAUAUUAUUUAUUAACAGGGUUGAUUAUACUCUGACAUCAAAAGAUAGAAAUUGAAAUAAUUGAGAUUAUAUGCACCCACAGAUGACUUUGGGAAGAAUUUAUGGGAAGACAAGGACUGAUCGUCUUUUUUUGUACCUUUAACCUCAUAUAAAACUGCUGUGCAGUUGGACAUGUAUGAGCUAAUCUGCUUUGUUAGAUUGAGUCAUGAUGUUAUCCAGGAAAUUUCCAAGGGAAUAGUUGCAGUGCAGUAUUAGAAUCAAUGCAUUGAAAUGCACUUUUACUAUGCAAUUAUAUUAGACUU